AUGGAAAACUAAAAUUUUGUUAACGAAUUAAAUAAAUCAGAACAAUCUUAAGAUAUGAGUCAAGCUACCAUUAAAGAGACUGAAUUAAUCGAAAAUUCUGACAGUUAAAUAAUUGGUCAAAAAAUGGAAUAAGAAGAAGUAUAGAAUUAAGAAGAAACAACUGAAGAGACUGCUGUAGAAAAUGAUACUGAAAAAUAAGCGAAGGUCGAUAUGUAAAAAGAUGAGAAUAUUUAACUAUUUAAAGAUAUGUUUGAAGAAAAAAUUCUUCUUUUUGCUCUGUAAACUUUAGUAGCUACAUAUAAUAAUUUGGAUAAAUCGUAAACAGCUAAGGCAAUUGAGUUGCUCAAAGAGAUUAUUUUAUUAAAAAAGAAACUCAAAUUAAAUUGCUUGAAUGAAUUUAAUUGUAUUUUGAGUUACACAAUGAACUUAGAGAGAAAAGAAUUCACUAAAUUAGGAUUAGAAGCUUUCUAUGAAAUUAAGGCUUAAAUUUCACCUGAUGAUGCUGAGGAUAAUGCAAACUUAUAUUCAUUUAUAUGUACUGCAGAAAUGAUUUUAGGAAAUAGUGAUACUGCUUAAUUUGUGAUUGAGGAAGCUCUUGCUUAUAUUAAAGCAAAAGGACUUGAUAAAAAUGGUUUACAAACUAGUGGAUUGAUUCGCUAAAGAACUAAAAUAUAUGAAAAUAGAUAGUAACACAAAGAAUAUGUAGAAGAUCAUAAACUAUCUAUUUCUAUACUUGAAAAUGUAGAUCCUCAUUUAAAAACAGACUUCCAUGAUAAAUACAUAGCAUAAAUGAUACCUCAAUACAUAGAAACAGAAAUGGAAAAGCUUAAAAUUUAUGAUUUUGAAAAUUAAGAAAAAAGACUAAAGCAAGCAUAUGACAUCUGGAAGAAAAGAGAAGGCGACAAUCCAAAAGAUUUUUGUAAUUUUAAGACAACUUUUUUACUUUUGGCACUAUAUUACAAAUUCAAAGAUCCUAGUGAGUACCUUGACCUCUAGUAAGAGAUAGAAAGAAAUAACAACAUUUUAAAGGGUAUUAUAUUUAAUAGUGGAUAAUAUUUAAGCAUUUUUACAAAAUCUCUUUUUAUAUUAUCCCUCAUUAAAAAAUAAUAAAGUGAAGCUUAAUAAAAGUAGAAUGGAAACGGUUCUAUUGAAAGUAAUUAAUAAGACUAAUAAGUCGUAAGCGACGUAAUGCAUAAUUAAGAGAAUAUUCAAAAAGAUUUAAACUAAUCUCAAGAAUAAUAACAAGAUGAUCAAUAAAACAUAAUUUGA